AUGACUUUCCUGUGGACGGCUCUCACUUACCUAGUGCUCCUUGAUGUUGCCUGUGGCUGUGGGAUCCCAGCCAUUAAGCCUGAUGUGAAAUAUACAGCGAGAGUUAUCAACGGGGUGGAUGCCAUUCCUAAUUCUUGGCCCUGGCAAGUCUCGCUGCAGACUAGCUCACGUUACCAUUUUUGUGGCGGUUCCCUGAUCAAUGAAAACUGGGUUAUUACUGCUGCUCACUGCACUGUGCAACCGGGGUCAGAUUUUGCUUACUUUGGAAUGCAAAACAGAUUUGAUGAUGCUGCGCCAGUCCAAUCGCGAUCCAUAAUCGAGGUAAUCACCCACCCUGACUGGGAUCCUUACAAUAUAGAUAAUGACCUCGCUCUAUUGAAGCUGUCUACUCCAGUGGAGCUGAACGACUACGUAUCUCCGGUCUGCCUCGCUUCUCCCACGGAACUUUUCUCCCCAGAUUUAAAGUGUGUCACAUCUGGUUGGGGACGGGACAAACUGACUUCACUUGAAUCUGCAGUCAUAUUACAGCAAGUUGUUCUUCCCUUGGUGCCAGUAAACGAAUGCCAGGAAAAACAUUACAGGCCUAUCACCAGUUCUAUGAUCUGUGCGGGUGGGGCCGGUUCCUCGUCUUGCCACGGUGAUUCUGGUGGCCCUCUGGUAUGCCAGAACGGCCCAACUUGGUAUCUGGUUGGGAUCGUCUCCUGGGGAAGCUCCAGCUGCAACGUCACUAUUCCUGCUGUCUAUGCCCGAGUCUCCAAAUUCCGCAACUGGAUUGACCAAGUAGUAGCCACUCACUGAUGACACACCUGGGAGACACAAGACAAACACUCUCACUGGGACUCCCCCCAAUGUAGAAAAUAUAUCAAUGUACAUUCUUGCAACUGAAAUCUGGGGGAAAAACACAUCAGUUUUCAUUUCAAAGAAAAAAAUAUUCAAAAUUUUUUGAUUAGAAGAUACCUCAAUAUUAAAAGUCAUAAA